CCCCACAGAGAUUAGUGUGCUGAGAAAGUUAAUGACUGCAUUGGAUCAUCCAAUCAUGAGGCGCAGCAUGAUGUCCACACCUGCAUAACAGCCACCAUCGCUCUCUAGAGCUUAGACACGGUGUGGGAUAACUUGAUCGUAAAACAUUACUCUUUGGAGAAGUCGAACACAAUGGUUGGGAUUCGUGGUGCUGCAAACGAGGUGCAAGUGACACAGGUUCGUCGUUGUAAAUGCCUGUCUUGAGACAUCUAUGUGAAUGCAGAAGGACGGAGUGACUUCUAGCUUAGCAGGAUGCAGUGGAUAGAGGUGGCAUACGCAGCUCUGAUGAUUAGUUCCAGUUUGUGCUCCGUGUGUGGGAACACUGUACUGCUUCUCCUGCUGCUGUCUGACAGAAGCCUGCAGACGGAGACAUGGACUCUGACACUCAGUUUCAGCCUGAGUGAUCUGGCACUCGGCCUCUCCACCGUCCCUUUCGGAGCCCAUAACAGCCUGUUCCGGCCAGAGGGAUACGCCAGCUCGAGUGCGCUGUGCCAGGGCAGCGCCUUUCUUUUCCUGUUGCUCCAGUUGGCCUCAGUCCACUCACUCACCUGGGCCACCAUCGACAAGUUCACGGAGAUCUGCUUCGCUCUUAGCUAUGCACGAAUCUUCAAUGCCCGCAGAACCAGAGUGAUCCUCACCAUCAUUUGGGUCUAUUCACUCUUGAACGCAUCUCUGCCGUUGCUGGGCUUUGGAAGCUACAGCUACAGCAGCAGCAGGUUUCUCUGUGCUCCCAGUUUUGAGCCUGCCAACACUGGCUUCAAUAUGCUCGUCAUAGUAGUGGGAAUCAUUGUGCCCAUUUUGGCAAUGUGCUCCAUGUAUGGAUACAUAGUGUACAUAGCCAGGAAUCAAGUACGACGAGGGACAUUUGUUUGCAACGAACACCACUGUUUUUAUGUUCCUGACAAUAAUUAUUUCAAGAGCUCCAUUGUCAUGGUGACAACCACAGUGUGUCUGCUCAUUUGCUGGCUGCCAUACAUCACCAUCUGCUUCUAUGAGACUCUGACAGGAAGAGAGAGCCCUCAACCCGCCUCCGCUAUAGCCACGUGGCUAGUGCUCUUCACCUCCACACUCAACCCGUGGAUCAACUCCAUGUCCCAGACGUAAGCAUUGG